CUUCCUCAGAGCCACUUCCAGAAACAAGCUUCCUCUGGUUGGCCAGUCUUGAGGAGCCUGUAGAGUUACAAAAUGAACCCCACAAAUGUGGCAGACACCACCACAGAUGACAGCAUGUACAGUAGUUACUACUUGGAUGAGAACAUCCCCAAACCUUGUACCAAAGAAGGUGUCAAGGCGUUUGGGGAGCUCUUCCUGCCUCCUCUUUACUCCUUGGUCUUCCUGUUCGGUCUGUUUGGAAACUCUGUGGUGGUCCUGGUGCUAUUCAAGUACAAGAGGCUCAAGUCCAUGACGGACGUGUACCUGCUCAACCUUGCCAUCUCGGAUCUGCUCUUUGUACUUUCCCUCCCUUUCUGGGGCUACUACGCUGCCGAUCAGUGGGUGUUUGGACUCAGUCUGUGCAAGGUUAUCUCCUGGAUCUACUUGGUAGGUUUUUACAGUGGCAUAUUCUUCAUCAUGCUCAUGAGCAUCGACAGGUACCUGGCGAUCGUGCAUGCGGUGUUUUCCUUGAGAGCGCGAACCCUGACCUAUGGGGUCAUCACUAGCGUGGUGACGUGGUCUGUGGCUGUGUUCGCCUCCCUUCCGGGCCUGCUGUUCAGCACUUGUUACACCGAGCGCAACCACACCUAUUGCAAAACCAAGUACUCUGUCAAUGCCACGACGUGGAAGGUUCUGAGCUCCCUGGAGAUCAACAUUUUAGGGCUGUUGAUCCCCCUGGGGGUCAUGCUGUUUUGCUACUCCAUGAUCAUCCGGACCUUGCAGCAUUGUAAAAAUGAGAAGAAGAACAAGGCGGUGAAGAUGAUCUUCGCCGUGGUCGUCCUCUUCCUUGGGUUCUGGACGCCGUACAAUGUGGUACUCUUCCUGGAGACCCUGGUGGAGCUGGAAGUUCUCCAGCACUGCACCUUCGAGAGGUAUCUGGACUACGCCAUCCAGGCCACAGAAACCUUGGCUUUCGUCCACUGCUGCCUCAAUCCAAUCAUCUACUUUUUCCUGGGGGAGAAGUUUCGCAAGUACAUCGUACAGCUCUUUAAAACCUGCAGGGGCCCCUUCAUGCUGUGCCAACCCUGUGGGCUCCUCCAGAUGUAUUCUGCAGACAUCCCCAGCUCCUCUUACACCCAGUCCACUGUGGAUCAUGACCUCCGUGAUGCCUUGUAGACAAUGGAAAUGCAAAACAGUUCACCGGCUUCCCACAUUUGUAGCUUCCUUACCAGUGUGCUUGUUUAGUAAGAAUGUCCUGCACAAGUGUUCAUGAGCGUGGGCUCCUCAGCCUGCA